AUGCCCGAGUAUCCGUCCAUCUCCGCUAAGCAAGAGUCCUACUGCGACGAGAUCCCGUUCUUCGCGAGCUGGCGCGCGUUGACGGCGACGAAGUGGUACGCCACCACGGUGACCAUCGCGAGCAUCCCCACCAAGGUGUAUAACAUCUGGUGGGGUGGCAAGGGCACGCAGCAGCAGAAGGGUAUCGUCCAGUACGGCCUUUCCCCCUUCCGCCAGCGCGCCAUGAAGGGCGCGAUCAAGAACUACGCUUUCAACGGCUACCGCCGUCUGUCCGGCGAGUUCAUCUAUAUCGCCCUUCCGUUUGCUGUCGGUUUCGGCAUCUACAAGUGGGGCAACGCCCAAGCGGAUUAUGCGCUAAGCAAAGCGUCGCACCAGCACGGCGGAGGCCACUAA